AUGAACGCACUACGGCGGCGCGCAAAGCUCCGCGCCCGGAGAGAACCGGGACUCGGGCGAGUCCCGGCCCGGACACACGGGGAGUCGCGGCCGGAGCCGACCCCGGGAGCCGGCGCGGUGCUUGCCGGCGGGGCGGUGCUUCCCGGCGGCGGGGAGCGGAGCGGUGCGGAGGAGGAUGCCGGAGGCGCCGCCGACCCGCGGAACACGAACAUACUGAACCCCACCCGCGAGUCGCCGAUCGCCCGGGGCGGCUUUCCGCUGGUUCCCCUCGCCGCCCGCCUUUCGGGGGGCCGGCACCCCCUCGGCCACCCCCGUCCCCUCCCUCCGCCCGGGGCGGCGGGCCGCCGGCCCUGCCCCGCCGCUCCGCGCUCGGUCUGCAGGCCGCCGAUUGCAAAACCGUUUAGUUUUGGCGCUUUUCACGCGUUACAGCCCUGGGGGCGCCGAGCUGCGCUGCGGCCCGCAGUGACGGGCGGGAAAGGAGCGCAGCGCCGCACGGCGAGGGCGACAGACAAGACUGCGAGCUGCACAGACAAAAUUUCCAUUCCCAAGAAUGGUUCAUAUCUGACGGGAGAGGACCCUACAAAAAGGAAAGGGUGGACAGUGGACGAUGCCACAAUCCACAGACACGUUGGAAUGGGCAGAGGGAAACCUGUCGGGAUUUAUUGGCUCAAGGCUCCCCAGAUGCAGAGAGGCUCUGGGAAAGACAUCCCAAAAAUCUUCAGUCUUGAUCUUGGAGGUAUAUCUGCUAUUGUACUGAAUGGCUAUGAUGCGGUAAAAGAAUGCCUUGUUCAUCAAAGCGAAAUUUUUGCAGAUAGACCGUCUCUUCCCUUGUUUAAGAAGCUGACAAACAUGGGAGGCUUACUGAACAGUAAAUAUGGCAGAGGAUGGACAGAACAUCGCAAAUUAGCUGUAAAUACCUUUCGAAUUUUCGGAUAUGGUCAAAGGUCCUUUGAACACAAAAUUUCAGAAGAAUCUAUGUUUUUUCUUGAUGCCAUUGAUACAUACAAAGGCAGGCCAUUUGAUCUUAAGCACUUGAUAACAAAUGCUGUUUCAAACAUUACUAAUUUGAUUAUUUUUGGAGAACGUUUUACAUACGAAGAUACUGAAUUUCAGCACAUGAUUGAGAUUUUUAGUGAAAAUAUUGAAUUAGCUGCUAGUGCUUCUGUGUUUCUGUAUAAUGCUUUUCCUUGGAUUGGUAUCUUGCCAUUUGGGAAACACCAGCAGCUGUUUAAAAAUGCAGCUGAAGUCUAUGACUUUCUUCAUGAGCUUAUUGAACGUGUCUCUGAAAAUAGGAAGCCUCAGUCACCUCGACAUUUUGUAGACGCAUAUUUAGAUGAGAUGGAUUGCAAUGAAAAUGAUCCAGAAUCUACAUAUUCAAGAGAAAACUUAAUUUUCUCUGUUGGAGAACUCAUCAUAGCUGGGACAGAAACCACAACAAAUGUUUUAAGAUGGGCACUGUUAUUUAUGGCGCUCUAUCCAAACAUUCAAGGGCAAGUUCAAAAAGAAAUCGAUUUAGUCGUCGGCCCAAACAAAAUGCCUACCUUAGAUGAGAAAUGCAAAAUGCCAUACACUGAGGCUGUUCUACAUGAAGUUCUAAGAUUCUGUAAUAUAGUUCCACUGGGUAUUUUUCAUGCAACUUCCAAAGAUACUGUUGUGCGUGGUUACUCUAUUCCUGAAGGCACUACAGUCAUUACAAACCUCUACUCCGUUCAUUUUGAUGAAAAAUACUGGAGCAAUCCAGAAGUGUUUUUUCCUGAGAGAUUUUUGGACAGCAACGGGCAGUUUGUCAAGAAAGAUGCAUUUAUUCCUUUUUCACUAGGAAGAAGACAUUGUCUUGGAGAACAACUAGCUCGAAUGGAAAUGUUUUUGUUUUUCACUUCAUUACUACAACGAUUUCACCUGUGUUUUCCUCAUGGCGUGAUUCCAGAUCUCAAACCAAGAUUAGGCAUGACAUUACAACCACAGCCAUACCUCAUCUGUGCGGAAAGGCGGUGA